GUGUAUCCGUUGACCUGCUAUGGGCAUAUUGCGCAGGGCUGCGGAAGGCGGAGCUGAAGGCGGUAUGAAAGGCCCACAUGCCUCGCGUCUUCCUCCGCCUCUCUACAGCAAAAUGGCGACUGUUGACUUCGACUCGUCCGCGGAUCCAGAGAUGGACUUGACCAGCGACGAGGAGUUAGAGAGGGAAGCGGAAGGCUUCAAAGAACAGGGAAAUGUGUACUAUGUCAAGAAGGACUAUGCUGAAGCUUUCAACUUCUACACCAAGGCCAUCGACUUGUGCCCGAAAAAUGCCAGUUACUAUGGCAACCGUGCGGCCACAUUGAUGAUGCUGAGUCGCUACAGAGAGGCACUGGAGGACUCCCAGCAGGCCGUGCGGCUAGAUGACACUUUCAUGAAGGGUCACAUGCGUGAGGGCAAGUGCCACCUGCUGCUCGGCAAUGCUAUGGCUGCCAGCCGCUGCUUCCAGAAGGUUCUAGAGCUGGAACCAGACAACAGUCAGGUGCAGCAGGAGCUGAAGAACGCAGAGUCCAUACUGGAGUUUGAGCGCUUGGCUGAGAUCAGCUUUGAGAAGCGAGACUUCAGGAUGGUGGUGUUCUGUAUGGAUCGGGCAUUAGAGCCCGCUUCUGCGUGUCACAGGUUCAAGGUUUUGAAAGCAGAGUGUCUGGCUCUGCUGGGACGCUACCCAGAGGCCCAAUCUGUCGCCAGUGACAUAUUGCGGAUAGAUUCCACCAAUGGCGAUGCCUUGUAUGUGCGGGGAUUAUGUCUAUAUUACGAAGACUGCAUUGAUAAGGCUGUGCAGUUUUUCAUUCAAGCGCUGCGCAUGGCACCAGACCAUGAGAAGGCCCGUCUGGCCUGCAGAGUAAGUGUAUUUGAAUACAUUAUAAGUAUUCAGAUUAAGUCAUUUCCAUUAAUUUUUUCUGUGUGGUGUGUUUCAGAACAUAAGAACCUGUUGAAGAACGCUCAGUUAGAGCUGAAGAAAAGCAAGAGGAAAGAUUAUUACAAGGUCCUUGGGGUGGAUAAAAAUGCCACUGAAGAUGAACUCAAGAAGGCCUAUCGUAAACGAGCCCUGAUGCACCACCCAGACCGACAUAGCGGAGCGAGUGCUGAGGUGCAGAAAGAGGAAGAGAAGAAGUUUAAGGAGGUGGGCGAGGCCUUCACUGUGCUCUCAGACCCCAAGAAGAAGUCCCGCUAUGACAGCGGCCACGACCUGGAGGAUGACGACAUGAACAUGGACUUUGAUGCCAACAACAUCUUCAAAGCAUUCUUUGGUGGCCCUGGUGGCUUUAGUUUUGAAGCAUCUGGACCUGGAAAUUUCUUCUUCCAGUUUGGCUAACUUGGCAACUUUCAGCAUGUAUGCAGUAGUUUCACAACCUCUGAAUUCCCCUGAACCGGACUACUCCCCUCCAUCCCUGCUCUCUGAUGUACUACACUCUGGUGUAAUGGGCUUUCGGGCUCCACAGUUGGACCUGCGUCUGUGCCAUUGACUUGUUUUACUGCUUACGCACAAAGACAACAACGGCAGGGGCAUGACCAUUCUGUACCAGAAAAACAACAUGAUACAUUGCACAGUUCUCUCUCUGAUCGGUGUCCUUUUUGGCUCUUGUAUUCCAGCUUUAGUUUUAUUGUUUUGUUUAGCUUUUUUAAUCCACUCUAUCGAAUGUACCCUGAAUUCAUUGUCAUUUUCACUUUAUUCAGCUUUCAAAAGCUUCAACUACUACUUGAGUUGAUGUUUGGGGCAACAUAAGACGGUGCUACAGGCAAAUCUGCUGUUUUUCCCAGACUCACUCGAAAUACUUUAAUGUAAUUUCCCAUCCGCCCAUAAAUAACCCCUCUCCCAGCAUAUUAGUGAUCCAAAUCCAAAGCACGUCAGAAAAAAACACGGGUUAGUACAGGAAGUCAUCACUGCUAGUGCCGUAUAGAUUGUUUAAACAUGUACAGAGUCAGAAUUCACACAUUAUAUUUAUGCAACGUUGCAAACCAUUUUACAGACCUCCGCAAACUAUUAUGUGAAUGCAGCACCUCAUGCCAAAUGUCACCGUAAGAAUAACGCUGGUUCUGGGUUUCGUCAAGCGAGUGGAUUGUUUGACUACUGCAUACAGAGGUUCAGAGAGAGCAAGUUCACGCACCUGUUGACCACGUCCCUCUCUAAGAUUCAUUUGUCAAUGUUGCCAUUCAACCCCUUGCUGCAUUGUACAUUUUACUGGAAUGUAAAGUGUUUCUUUGUGUUGAUAGUUUAUGACUGUUUAAUUUUUUUUAACUGAAAUACAUUUUUGAUAUGUAUAUUUAUUGUAAAUUUGCUGGAUGUGAGCUUUGGAUGGAUGGAUGAUAUUUCAAUACACUAGGAUCUACACUCUUAAAGGUUAAACCCAGGGAGAGACUAUGUUUGGCCAGCACUCUCAUUAACUUCUGAAUUAAAGAGCCUCUGGAGGGAGUGAAUGUCAGAUCUGGUUAUUUGUGGGCUUGAUACCAUUGACUCCACAGUGUGUAUAAUAUGGAUCUAUGUACAUUGCAGGCAUGAUCAGUGAGCCAUGUUUACCGUUUUACCUAAAUGUUCCUUGACAUUGGAUCGCUGAAGAUGUGUUGUGCUCCAGCAUUCUCUUGCUGUCUUUGACCUGACCGUGUACCCAGUUAGGAAACCGUGCAAUUUAAGCAUUUGUCUGGAACACGUUCAUAUUGCUCAUCUUGAAAGAUCUUCAGUGUAUUCAGAAGACCACGUCCAUGCUGACUUUGCUCACUCCGCUGGAACAGUCUGGACUAUGGACCGUUUUUAAAAAGCCAUGUAAAUAAAGUAAGCCUCUUUCUGUUU